GUGUAGUCGUUCUGGUGUUUACAACUAAUGUCAUAUGUGUCCAUCUAAAACCGAAAUGCAGUUCCAUGUGCUACCAAUUAAAUGACCACAUGCAUUCAUGCAAUGUACCUCUCAGACCAUAUGCGAUAUUUUACAAAAACAUUGAUGUAAUCAAGAUUCUUGAGCUACAUGGUGCUAAACAUCCGAUGGCUCCAAUGCAUGUCAAGACUGCUCGUGAAGUCCCUGAAUAUGAAAUCGGUCCUAGUGAGCUUGAUUUCACUCAAAGCAAAGAGAUAUCAAAGGGAACUUACUGUAUGGCAAUGUGGCGUGGUAUUCAAUUUGCUGUGAAAAAGCUCAAUGAUGAAGUUUUGAGCGAUGACGAUCAAGUGAGGAAAUUCCACGAUGAGCUUGCAUUGCUCUAAAGGCUUAGGCAUCCAAACAUUGUGCAGUUCCUUGGUGCUGUAACUCAAAGUAAUCCAAUGAUGAUUUAUCUCGUACUUGUAGUAUCUUCAGUUUUCUGUUUGUUGAUCACUUAUUUCACUUAUGAACUGUGUUUUACUAGUAUUGAAACUAGUUGUAUUUGUUUAAUUUAAAUAGCCUUCUGCUACCAAGAAGGCUGCUGCUACCAAUAUUGGUAUUUUAGUAGUAAAAUGUAUGGUCGACA